UCCUCACACAGACAGAACAAGCAGGGAGAAAGUUUAAGUUUCAAAGAAAGUGGUAUGAAGAAUUCAAUUGGCUUGAAUAUUCUAUCUCACAAGACGCUGCGUUUUGCUUCGUUUGCAGAUGCUUGCUUUUGACGAAUAGCCUGUUGAAAAUGUUCACUCAUUAUUUGUGCCACCAAGGAGACCUACAUAUAGCCGAAAGCAUUGAUAACUUAAAGGUUAAGACAGCAUCAUUUCUCACAGAAAAGGUGGCCACAUGGAGCUCUAGCAUGGGGCGAGCAACGAAGGUUACCAAAACAACAGAAGAAAGAAAAACAAACGAAACAAAAUGGAGGCUACCAAACUUAUUUAGGCAGAAAGUUGUAGGUGAUGAGUUGCUUCCUACUGGCUACAUGUGUGAGACAAAUGCUCCAUAUCCAAAUCGAAAAUGCGAUAUAGAGGACUGCCAGAAAGUAUACCCACCUGGGGCGUAUUUAGCUGUGGCCACUCCUUUCACCUGCAAUGCCUUCUGCCUGCACUCAGCACAUGUUUCACUUGCAAAAACCAUUCUGUUUUUGACACGAAUGGCCCUGGUGAAGCAUCAAAUAAUGGAACGGACUUUUCCAAUGCAGAGAGUGAAGACAGUGCUCAGGACCACGAUGUUCCUGGUAAUCUGGAAGGCUACAACGCUGACAGGAAGAACGAGCUAGGCGUGUUGAGGCCCUUAUCUAUAAAAUAGCCAACUGGAAACCACCUGUGCCAAAAAUGCACUAGCCAUUUGUUUGACCAUUAAGAUAACUGAAAAGAGAUUCGUAUAAUCUACAAUACAUUCGUAAAAUUGAGCAAAGAGACGAGAUUUCUAAACUUAUUACAUAAAAUUUGGUCUUGUGGAAAAUUGGAUAGAAUGGGCCUAGCCCCCCCCCCCCGCAUCAAGAAAA